CCAAGCCAGCUUCAUUCCCCCCGUCGCCAUGGACAGUCAGAGAGUCCAGUCCUCGUACAGGAAGCGCUUUGGGCCUCAGGGCUCCGGCGCCUCAGCGGUCCGAAUCGGGAGCCUCUCCUCCAACCGCUUCUCCUGGCAUGGCACCCCCCGCAACUUCACCCACUCCAGCCCCGUGUCCAGGGUCUCCCUGGGCUCGACCAACACGGGCCUCCUGCUGGGCAGCCCCGGGGACCGGCUGGACUUCUCGGCCGACUCCCUGCUGAAGGCCCAGUUCAAGGAGACGCGCACCAACGAGAAGAUGGAGAUGAUGGGCCUGAACGACCGGUUCGCCAGCUUCAUCGAGAAGGUGCGCCUGCUGGAGCAGCAGAACAAGGUCCUGGUGGCGGAGCUGAACCAGCUGAAGGCCAAGGAGCCCAGCCGCCUGGGGGACAUCUACCAGGAGGAGCUGAGGGAGCUGCGGCGGCAGGUGGACGGCCUCACCGCCGGCAAGGCUCGGCUGGAGAUAGAGCGGGACAACCUGGGGGCGGACGUGGGAACGCUGAAGCAGCGGUUGCAGGAGGAGAUGGGCCUCCGACAGGACGCGGAGAACAACCUGAACGCCUUCAGACAGGACGUGGACGAGGCGUCUCUGAACCGCGUCCAGCUGGAGAGGAAGAUCGACGCCCUGCAGGACGAGAUCAACUUCCUGAAGAAGAUUCACGAGGAGGAGCUGCGCGAGCUCCAGGAGCAGAACCUGGCCCAGCAGGUGCACGUCGACCUGGAUGUGUCCAAACCCGACCUGACUGCUGCUCUGAGAGACAUCAGGGUGCAGUACGAGACCAUGGCCUCCUCAAACAUGCAGGAGACGGAGGAGUGGUACCGAUCCAAGUUUGCUGACCUGACGGACGCGGCCAAUCGGAACGCAGAGGCCCUGCGCCAGGCCAAGCAGGAGGCCAACGAAUACCGUCGGCAGGUCCAAGUGGUGUCCUGCGACCUGGAGGCUCUGCGCGGGACGAACGAGUCUCUGGAGCGCCAGCUGCGGGAGAUGGAGGACCGCUUCGCCAUGGAGACCGCCGGCUACCAGGACACGGUGGGCCGCCUGGAGGAGGAGAUCCACGCCCUGAAGGAGGAGAUGGCGCGGCACCUGCAGGAGUACCAGGACCUCCUGAACGUCAAGCUGGCCCUGGACAUCGAGAUCGCCACCUACAGGAAGCUGCUGGAGGGCGAGGAGAGCAGGAUCACUAUUCCAGUUCAGAGCUUCUCCAACAUGCAGUUUAGAGACACUAAUCUGGACACCAAACCCCCAGAGGCCCACGUGAAGAGGAGCAUCCUGGUCCGGACUGUGGAGACCAGGGACGGGGAGAUCAUCAAGGACUCAACUACCGAACACAAGGAUCUUCCCUGAAGCCUCGCGACCAGCUCUCCCUUCUCAUCCUCGGUCACGACAUGAGGAUUUUUGAAUCAUUUCAUUUUUUCUCAAAGCAGAGUCAUCACACCAUUCCCCCCAUGUUCUCUCUCUCUCUCUCUCUCUCUCUCUCCAUCAUUGUCCUCAGACUAACCUGUUCAUGUGAUAACCAUCCGAUACUGCGAAACUUCGUCACUAGAAUUUCUGACAAAUUAUAAUAAUCCAUGUCUUGUGCGGCGCCGCCGUUAGCUCCAGUUGGACUUUUUGUUCCAUUCGUUCUUAAAUGGUCUGUAGCUCGUUCCAGUGAGAGGCAAAAAUACAUUUAAAAGAUGACUAGAGCAUAUGGUAAUAUUAUUAUUGCAUAUGGUAAUAUGUUUAACUCCAUUUGGCCGAGCCGGCCAGAUUAGCUUUCAGAUUAGCUGCCGUGUAGAAGAGGCCUUGAAGCGUAGCGAGCGCGCUCAGCUCGUGCGUAGCGUGGUCGGAGGCUCGACACGUGGCGACUGUGUAUGUGAACUCUUGGCGAGGGGGCGGAUGUGGCAGACGUCAGAGGUGGAUUCGGGCGUCGGACGAGGGACUUGUGUACGUCGGAGCAGCGUUUUUCUGGCAGAGCGACCGCUGAAUCGGGGCUGAUUGUGUUUUAACCCACUCGACUUGGUGCUACAUUCUCUAUAUGUUUCAUGUCUUUGCUCUGGGCGGCCACCUGGAGAUGUUAAAGGGUCCCUGCAUGCGCACAAGUGUGCGAGUCUCCCUUUUUUAAGACACGUCUUUGAUUAGAACCUGUUCCUCAGGUUUGAACUGAGCAGAGCAUCUGCACUGGGCUUUUCUUUAUGAAACGUGGCUGCUGUCAAAGUGUAGAACUUUAUAACCAGGAGGAGGAGACAAAGAAAGGAUUUUGUCUUUCUGCUCUAGACACUAUGGAAGUGAAUUCACAGGCACAGAUACAGUAAAUGGCAUGCGUAUAUUAUUCUCACGCAGAUGGGGAGUCAACAGGAUCUGUUCAAAUAGAUCCUGCGUGAAUUGAACUCUCCUCUUCCUCGCCACACUCUCUGGUCGGCGGCGUCUUCUGUCUCUCGAAACACACAACCUGAUUGGACGGCGUCAUUUCGUGGACACCAGGCUGUGUCAUGGAGUGUGCGCCCACUUCUCUCCCCCGUGGUGAUGGGGGGGCAGAGGCAGGCCGGAGGUUUACGGAGGUGGGGGAUUGUUUGCAGGCCGACUCGACCUUUGCUCCCCAGAGCUUCCAGUCAAUCCGGCAAACUCUCUGCUCACAAAUUCACCAGGCCAGUUUCUGUUUUGUUUGACUGAUAGCAGAGCGACGGAGGAGGAGGAGGAGGAGGGGGAGGAGGAGGAGGAGGGGGAGGAGGGGGAAGGGGAGGGCGAGGAGGGUGUCGUGGAGAUUCAAAUCCCAGCGGUGCACCAGGAACCAUUGUUUUUUGUUUUGUUGUUGCAUGUAAAGAUGGACGGAUGGACGGAUGGAUGGAUGGAUGGAUGGAUGGAUGGAUGGAUGGAUGUCACAGCUCAGACUCUGCCAUCCGAGGCCCUGUGAUUGUCUGGAAGCCCCCGCUGACUGCAGCCGCCGCGCUGACAGGCCCCGGCACUAAUGAGAGCGGUGCUGCGACGCCGAGGCCGACCGUCUCCGUGCUCAUCACCAAGGACACGCGGAGAUUCGUGGUGUUGUUUUCCCCCCAUGGGCCUUCUCCCCUCCGCAACUUCCACCUCCCCCGUCAUCACACAGCCCGUCUGAGGCUUCUCCCAGUAACACGCAGCCCCUCGCUUGUCUUCACUUUGUUGCGUCUGUGCGUGUGUGUGUGUGUGUGUGUGUGUGUGUGUGUGUGUGUGUUUGUGUGUGUGUGUUUUCAAAAUCAAUCCUCAAUGGGAAUUCCAACUCCUGUAGUGUGUGUGUGUGUGUGUGUGUGUGAGAAAUCUCUGUGAAUAUAACAUUAGUUUUGACCGGUGCUAUGAGCUACGAUGUCAUGUUAACUUAACAAAAUUAAAAAUAUUUUUCGUUUGUUAGAAA